AUGGAAAACACCCUCCAAGAAGUCGCCGAAAAGUGCGCAAACGAGCUCUUCGCGCUUCAGGCUUGCGUUACCUCUCACCCCAAUGACUGGGAUGCUGCGUGUUGGAGACAGAGACAGGCUUUGACGAAGUGUUCUGAGGACAACGUUGCUGUUCUGCGGAAGGUGAAGGAGGCGUGUGCGGAUGCGAUCAAGUUGUAUGACGAUUGCUUGCAGGCGAAUCCACAGGAUCCUAAGCCUUGCUUGGCACCACUGAGAGAUCUUUACAAUUGCACAGAGAAGACGGCGGGUGUGUCAUUUGGUGCACCUCCACCGACGCCAGCACCAGAAGCUGGCCAGCAAUAG